GGGCGGGAAGUGCCCGGGGGCAGUGGAGCCCAUGUCGGCCUUGAGGCGCUCGGGCUACGGCCCCAGUGACGGUCCGUCUUAUGGGCGCUACUACGGGCCUGGGGCUGGAGAUGUGCCCGUACACCCACCUCCGCCCAUAUAUCCUCCCCGCCCCGAACCCCCCCAGCCUCCCAUUUCCUGGCGAGUGCGCGGGGGCGGCCCGGCUGAGACCACCUGGCCGGGAGAAGGCGGAGGAGGCGAUGGCUACUAUCCCUCUGGAGGCGCCUGGUCGGAGCCGGGUCGGGCUGGAGGAGGCCACCAGGAGCAGCCACCGUAUCCUAGCUACAAUUCCAACUAUUGGAAUUCUCCUGCCCGACCUCGGGCUCCUUACCCAAGUACAUAUCCUGUAAGACCGGAAAUGCAAGGCCAGAGUUUGAAUUCUUAUACAAAUGGAGCAUAUGGCCCACCAUACCCCACUGGCCCUGGGACAAAUACUGCCUCAUACCCAGGGGCUUAUUACACAUCUGGGUAUGCUCAGACCAGUUACUCCACAGAGGUUCCAAGCACUUACCGUUCACCUGGCAACAGCCCAACCCCAGUUUCUCGUUGGAUGUAUCCCCAGCAGGACUGCCAGACUGAAGCAGCCCCUCUUAGGGGGCAGGUUCCAGGAUAUCCUGCUUCACAGAACCCUGGAAUGAGCGUGCCCCAUUAUCCUUAUGGGGAUGGUAAUCGUAGUGUUCCACAACCAGGACCAACUGUACGAUCCCAAGAGGACUCCUGGGCUCCUCCGGGUGCUUACGGCAUGGGAGCCCGUUACCCCUGGCCUUCAGCUGCCCCCUCAGCACCACCUGGCAGUCUCUACGUGAGCGAGAGCGCUUCAUCAUGGCCGAGCAGUGGCUCUCCUCGGCCACCUCCUUCCCCGCCAGCCCCACAGCCCAAGGAUUCCUCAUACCCCUAUAGCCAGUCAGACCAAGGUAUGAACCGGCACAACUUUCCUUGCAGUGUCCAUCAGUACGAGUCCUCGGGAUCAAUGAACAAUGAUAAUUCAGAGCUCUUGGAUUCCCAAGUCCAGUAUAGUGCUGAGCCUCAGCUGUAUGGUAAUGCCACCAACGAACAUCCCAGCAAUCAAGAUCAGAGUAAUAAUCUUCCUGAAGAGUGUUUAUCUUCAGAUGAAGGGACUCCCGCAAGUAUUAAAAAAAUCAUACAUGUGCUGGAGAAGGUCCAGUAUCUUGAGCAAGAAGUAGAAGAGUUCGUAGGAAAAAAGACAGACAAAGCAUACUGGCUUCUGGAAGAAAUGCUAACCAAGGAACUUUUGGAACUGGAUUCAGUUGAAACUGGGGGCCAGGACUCUGUCCGGCAGGCCAGGAAAGAGGCUGUUUGUAAAAUCCAGGCCAUACUGGAAAAAUUGGAAAAAAAAGGAUUAUGAAGGGAUUUAGAACAAAGGGGAAGCCUGUUACUAACUUGACCAAAGAACUCUUGAUUUUGGUUAAUUACCCUCUUUUUGAAAUGCCUGUUGAGGAGAAGAAGCAAUACAUUCCAACUUUCCUUUGCUAUAAAACUUGAAAAACUGGUAAAGGACUUGGAAGAACAGUUGGGUUAUGAGUUGUUUUCAGUUUUCAGACCAAUGAAUGUAAUAGGAAGUUAUGGAGUUACCAGUAUUGCCAAGUAGUCUCACCCCUUAAGAAAUUUAUGGGUAUCUGCAAGCUGCUUCUUAUCAGCAGGAGGGAAAUCCACCUUAUGUAACAGGCUUAUCAGAAACCUACCGGAUAAGACUGGAUGUUGUCUGAGACAAACAGGCUCUGUUUUUUUAAACAUCUGGAUUACUUGUCACAUUUUUGUACAUUGUGACUGCUUUCACCGUACACUUUGUGUGUAAAUUACAGCUUGGACUUUAGCCUUCUUGGACCUCUGUUUUGUUUUGUUACUUGUAGUUCACAAAUAUAGUGUUAUUCUCUA